AUGCCUCGACCUGCGCCUAAACGAAAUAGAUCCACCAGAGCCAAGGCUAAUGUCAGUGCAGACAUCGAAGCGCGCGAUCCCGAUGUGGACGCGUCAAAAGCUCCCGAACGCGGCUCUACCGACCCUCGAACCCUACGCAGUCAGACACCGUUGACCAAGAAUUAUGAGCAAGCGAUUGACUCGUCGCCGGCCGAACGACCGGGUACAGGCAGUCGACCUGGCACUGGUAGUCGGCCUCCCACUAGAUCUCGCGGAUACUCGUCUACGCUUUCUUUGGCUGGGCGCAACGGUGAUAUAAGCUUGCGCGUGCCCGGUACGCCUGGCUAUGAGAGUUCGGUACUGAGCAACUUCAGACGCCGCCCGCGACAACAGAGUAUUCUCCAGAUGAUGCAGGCGGAGGAUGGCUCUUCUGACCUCGACGAUGACGACUUCCUCGGCAGCCUCAGCCCGCAGGAUGAGUCGACGCCGCUGAAUACUUCCAGAGGCAGAUCAUUACUAGUCAGAUCGGCUGAAGAUCCACCGUCGGAAUCGCCUCCUUCGUCGGUCGGAUCGCGCAAGCGCAAGCGCGCCGAAGACAUUCAAGUACCUGGGUCCCCUACUGCCCAAGAGAGGGUCGAAGAUACUCCAACUGCGACACCAGUUGCCCAUGGGCAUUUAUCGCAUAUGUCAGAAGCCACACCUCAGCCUUUGCAAUUCCCAGAGGUCUACAGUCAGACCAUGGCACCCCCGGACAGUAGCCCUAUGGGCUCUGUCGCCCCUCAGUCACCAGUUGCCGUUGCCGAUGUCCAUAACAACUCCGGAUCUAACAAGACCAGAGAUCCGACUCAUCUCUCAACGGCGGCACUACAAAGCAGAUUUCUACCACGACGUCGGCAGCGCCAACGCAAGCGCCAUCCGCAUGGCGGAUCCGAUGACCCUGUCGAAAGUGAUGAAGAGAUGCACGAUGCUGCAUCUGGCGAUGAAGAUGAGCUAAGCUACCUACCUGCAAAAGGUUCACGGCGCGGACAGUCUGAAAAACGCCAGCCUCUUGGCCACGCGCGAGAAAAAUCAAAGCUCAAUAAUCAGAAGCAAAAGACAAGCAAGAUCAAAUCGGCCCCUGUGCCCAAACCGUCGGAGCCGCAGACGCCGGCCACAUAUUCGCGUGCGCGUCGCGGUGGAGAACUGGACAAGGAAAAUGAAAUGCUACUAUCCUCACCUUCCUCGUCACCCUUAUCAUCGCCCCCUGAGUCAGACGCUCCUGAUUCUGGUGGAGAGACCCUGCCUAUGCGACGAUACCUGCCAAAAAAAUUUGCCGAGGUCGAUAAGUGGCAGAUGGAGUUUGAAGAAGUCUCUGCAUCGGAGAUGCCAGGCAGUCCGACCCGUUGA